AUUCCUGCAAACUAGGAUUGGCUUGGGGUGGACAGUAGUUGAGUGGAGAUAGAUAUAAAAGGGAAGCCAGGAACUGGGAGAAAGCAGACAAGCAGCAGGGAGGCAGACCCAAGUACCAGCCGCAGACCCACAGGCAGUGGGCAGUGGGCAGUGGGCAGUGGACACAGACAGCAGCCACAGCUUUCUGGCAUCCUGCAUUCCAGUCAAGAUGGGUCUGAAAGCAGCUGAGAUAGGUCUGUGAAUCAGCUGAGGAGUUCGGAAACCUGGAUUUUCAGAGUUAAAGUCUCUGUGUGUGCCAAGAGGCCAUCUCUGGUGUUCAGCCUCCCACCUACUUGCCCAAGGAUAUCCAUGACUGGUGUCAGGCUAGUAGCGGGAAGAAGCCUGACUGCAGUCCAGGUUCCUUUCUGGAAGGUUGGGUUCCAGAGAUGCCCCAGGGACAAUGGCUACAUACUUCUGGCUGGGUUUCAGCAUCUUGGUGUUGUUCCAAUACAGUUAUGCUUACAAGCUCGUCUGCUACUACACCAGCUGGUCCCAGUACCGAGAUGGAGAUGCCAAAUGUUUGCCAGAUAACAUUGAUGCCAACCUGUGUACCCACGUCAUCUAUAGCUUUGCCAACAUAAGCAAUAAUCAGAUUGAUACCUGGGAAUGGAAUGACGUGACACUCUAUGAAACUUUGAAUGAGCUCAAACAAAGGAACACCAAACUGAAGACACUCUUGUCUGUGGGUGGUUGGAACAUAGGCACCAAGAGGUUCUCUGACAUGGCAUCCCAAACUGAGAGCCGACAGACCUUCAUCAACUCAGUCACAGAAUUCCUGAGAACAUACGACUUUGAUGGACUGGACCUAGCCUGGCUCUACCCAGGACGGAGAGACAGAGAGAAUUAUUCCUUAUUGCUUCAGGAAAUGGCUGAUGAAUUUUCCAAAGAAGCCCAGAGGACUGGGAAGGAGAGACUUCUGCUCAGCGCAGCACUGUCUGCUGGGAGAGUUGCAAUUGACGCAGGUUAUAACCUCCCCCAAAUCUCUGAGCACUUAGAUUUUAUCAAUUUAUUGACUUAUAACUUCAUUGGAAACUGGCAAAAGACCACUGGACACCAUAGCCCCCUCUACAAGGGAAGGAAGGAUAAUAAUUACAGCAAUGUUAGAUAUGCUGUGGAUUAUAUCCUAUUGAAGAAGGUUCCAGCCAACAAACUGGUCAUGGGUAUCCCAACCUUUGGGAAUAGUUUCACUUUAGCCUCCUCAGACUCUGAGGUUGGAGCAGCAAUCCUGGGUCCUGGAACUGCAGGACUUUACACCAAGGAGCCAGGGACCCUGGCCUAUUAUGAAGUCUGUGAAUUCCUCCCUGGGGCCACUGUCAAGAGGAUUGUGGAACAAAAGGUCCCCUAUGCCACAAAAGGCAAUCAAUGGGUGGGGUAUGAGGAUCAGGAAAGUGUCAAAACCAAGGUACAGUUCUUGAAGUCCAGGCAGCUGGCAGGAGCCAUGGUGUGGGCCCUUGACUUGGAUGACUUCCAGGGUACUUUCUGCAAUCAGAAACCCUACCCCCUGACAGGGGCCAUCAAAGAAGCUCUCUUUUCUACUUAGACCCCAGCAUAUGUUUGUCCCUGCUCCCCAUCCUUAGGGCCAAUGUUCAUGUGUGUGUGUGUGUGUGUGUGUGUGUGUGUGUCCUCUGUCUCACACACACACACACACACACACACACACACACACACACACACACACACAUGAGUUUGUGCUCUCUCAUACAUAAAAACACCCCACAACUACCACCACUGCCAUCACCUUAGCCAUGGCUGGAGCUGGAUAUGGAAAAUAUCUCUUCUAGUAAGAAAAUGCCUUUAGCCAUAAGACUGCUAAAGUUUGAAUGUAUUUUCCACUUCUCUUCUACUUUGUGCCCUACUUUGGAAAGUUUUGAGGGGGGAUGAAUAGGCAAUGAGGGAUGAAGAUGAAGACCAAGGCUAGCCAUUCAGUUGACCCUCAGUGGUGAGUUGAAUAUGCUUCCAAAUCCUGGAGCUGUCCAUGGAUUGAUUCCUAAGCCCCUGUCACUGAUGGAUAGUCACUCAAUACCCUAGAGUAGCAGUCCCUCACCCUCAGCCCUAUCCCAAGCCUGUGCAUAUCCCAAGCCCUAUCACACAAGCCUGUGCAUAGUCAUGUUUGUUGUUCUCCUUAGGGAAGAGAUUUGGCCUUACCCAUGGAUCAUCUUCCUUUCUACUUUCUUAAUUCCACUGAACAAUAAAGGGAACAAUUCAAAGAU